CCUGGAGAGCCACUGCGACACGCUAGGAAAAUGUCCUUAGUUCUAGAACCUCUAGUCUCCUAGCAACGGAACUAUAGAACUUCCGGAAACAUUUAGGGGGGAUGGCAUCCACAUCUGCCAGGAGUGGGGACAAAAAGGACAUCUGGCCAUCUCAAGCUGCUGCCUCCUUAGGUGGAGGGCAGAAAGCCUCAUUAUCCCGCUCUGAAGAAUUCCUGACCCGAAUCAGCACAGAACUUACAGAUGAAGCACUGUUUAUUGCUCGCUCCCAUUUGAAUCCUAUGCCCAACAAGGAAAAGCAGACAAAAGACCAAGGGACUCAGAUAUCUAGACAUGUGUUCUUCACCAAGACCCGAGGCACCGACACCCGCUCUGACAGAAAUCGAACCCGAACCAAGGCACACCUUCUGCCAUCUCCUCGUGAAAAGGGAGCACUCCCCAACAUCCUGACAACUGGAGGAUGAGCUCAGUCCUCCCUAGAACUGCUCUCUCUCGGCCUCUUGCCCUCCCCCCUAUGUCCCUCAGUGAAAACCUCAAAGCCCCUCUUUUGCAACUGGCUAAACCUCUCAUCUUGGGAGGAACUCCUGGUCAUAAGCAGCGCCACCUUUGAAACCAAGAAAAUCUUCUGGAGGGCCCUCCACCCUCCAUGGGCAAACACUACUGAAAGAAAAGGUUUUAAUAAAGAACCAGGGAUCCUC